AUGACUGUUGUAGCAGGAGAUAACAUGGAUGAGACUUCGGCGGUUCCAGGCCACCCACAGGACACCUACCCCCCAGACCAUGAUGACCAUGAAUGCUGCGAGAGGGUGGUCAUCAACAUAGCUGGUCUGCGGUUUGAGACGCAGCUAAAAACUCUUUCCCAGUUUCCAGAGACUUUGCUUGGCAACCCCAAAAAGAGGAUGCGCUACUUUGACCCUCUGAGAAACGAAUACUUCUUUGACAGAAACCGCCCCAGCUUCGAUGCCAUCCUCUAUUACUACCAAUCUGGGGGCAGGCUGAGAAGACCGGUGAAUGUCCCUUUGGAUAUGUUCUCUGAAGAAAUUAAGUUUUAUGAGCUGGGAGUUGAGGCGAUGGAGAAGUUCCGUGAGGAUGAGGGCUUCAUCAGGGAGGAAGAGCGCCCGUUACCUGAGAGAGAAUUCCAGCGUCAGAUUUGGCUCCUCUUUGAGCACCCAGAAAGCUCAGGCCCAGCAAGAGGUAUUGCCAUAGUAUCUGUGAUGGUAAUUCUAAUUUCAAUAGUCAUAUUUUGUUUAGAGACUUUACCAGAACUGAAAGAGGACCCAGUGGGCCGGAUGGAGACCGUGGGGAAUUCUACUUUUUAUUACAAGCCAAAUAUCCUCACAGACCCCUUCUUCAUCAUCGAGACCCUCUGCAUAAUCUGGUUCUCCUUUGAGUUGAUAGUGCGUUUCUUAGCGUGUCCAAGCAAACCGGCCUUCUUCAAGAACAUGAUGAACACUAUCGACAUAGUGGCCAUCAUUCCCUACUUCAUUACACUUGGCACCGAGCUGGCUGAAGAUCCAGACAAUGAGGGGGUGGGGGAGCAGGCAACAUCUCUGGCCAUACUCAGGGUGAUCCGUCUGGUCAGGGUGUUCAGGAUCUUCAAGCUGUCACGACACUCCAAAGGAUUGCAGAUUUUGGGGCAGACCCUCAAGGCCAGUAUGCGAGAGCUUGGAUUGCUGAUCUUCUUUCUGUUCAUCGGAGUCAUCUUGUUCUCCAGCGCUGUGUACUUUGCUGAGGCUGAGGAGCAAGGAUCCUACUUUGGCAGCAUCCCAGAUGCCUUUUGGUGGGCAGUUGUGUCUAUGACAACUGUGGGCUAUGGGGACAUGGUCCCAGUCACUAUAGGAGGCAAGAUUGUAGGUUCUCUGUGUGCCAUUGCCGGAGUGUUGACAAUUGCACUCCCAGUGCCUGUCAUUGUGUCCAACUUCAACUACUUCUACCACAGGGAGACUGAGGGAGAGGAGCAGGCCCAGCUGCUCAAUGUCAGCAAUGCUGUUGUUGAUGAUGUUAAAGAUGAUGACAAGCCGGAUGAUCAAGGUUCAAACUACAGUAUGAGAGAAUGUGGCAGAGAAAAUUGUUAUCCGUGACUGUCAUGCACAACCUAGUUUUCAUGCUGUCACACUUUUACUUAUGCCCUUAAGCAACAAUGUACUAUACUUUGCAAUUCACCAGUCCAAAUCAUAAGGGAAUAUUCACUGUAACAGAAAAAUCUUGCUUUCGUUUUGUUUCUUCUCAUUGUGUAACAUGCAUCCCUUCAGGGUCUGUACCUCAGUUAGGUCAUUGCAAACUUGCUGCAGAGCUGCAAGCUUCAGUGCAGGGCUUUCUUUAUCAUCGUGCAAAAUGAAACCUUAGGCAUAAACUGCAGUCAUGCAAUACCGAACAUGAGAGUAGUCCUAAAGCAUAGCCUUUACAUAAGCACUUAGGGCAAAUAGUGUACCACAAACCCCACUACUAAACCUUUUUCCCUCAAAGCUACGCACAAUCAAAACAUGCAUUUGUAGAGCAUAAUUUAUAGAGAU